AUGCAGCGUUGCCCCUACAUCCACGAGAUGAAGGAGCGGCUGCUGGGAGCUCCUGCUGACCCUGAACGUGCACCAGAACAGCCUGACCCUCAGGUCGGGACCAUUGUCAAACUGAAUUCCGACGGGUACGGUUCCCAUACGUCGCCGGCGCGGGCUCCACUCGUGGCAGACGAGUGCGAUGCGCCGGCUGACGAAACAGAUGCACUUGCGCCGAUCGAGGAGAUGAGAUGCUGUCAGCCUGACACUAAACCAAAAAAUGCCAAGACUUCAUUGUUCAUAAUAUCGAGUUUCAUCUACGCGAAGCUGCUUGUGGUCGUGUGUAUCGCCUACGUCAUCAGCGAUGUCAUUACUCACAACCUGCCUCUCUACUACUACGAAGGGUUCUUCACUUACUUGUAUGGCAUGAGCAUACUGUUCUUGCUCUACGUGUUUUGUUUCCUUCUGCAAGAGAGUUCUUGCUGCAAUGGAAGCCCACCAAAACCGAAACCUCCGCCAAAAGAAAAGAAAGAGAAGAAAGAAAAAGAAAAGAAGACUAAGGAUAAAGAAGGCAAAGACGUGAAGGAGGGCAAAAAGGAUGGGAAAAAGGAUGGAAAAAAUAAGGACAAGGAUAAGAAAGAAGAUGCCAGUAAGGACAAGAACAAAGAGAGCAAGAAGCAAAGCCAAUUUCAGGAGGUGUAUCCCCGUAAGAUGCGUGAUAAAGUUCGACAACAGGAAUUGCAAAUACAAAUGGAGCAAUUUUAUGCCUCCGAUCAGCAACAAGAUGUGGUUGAGCUGGAAGCUGGCCCUAUAGCUCGUCCAAUGCGUCGUCGCAAGACCUCUCAAAACGAACAUAGCCAUGGCAGCUUCUUCUUAAGAAUCGGCGCAAUAGCUUUUGGUCUCGGAACUAUGAUUUAUAACGGCUUAGAGUUCGGAACAUUCUUUGAACUGCCUCUCGAGUCGCCAUGCUACCUAAUUUUAAAGGGUGUUAAUCCUGUUCUACAAAUGGUUUUCACGUUUAUGCAAAUGUACUUUAUAUUUAUGAAUUCACGCCUAAAUAUUCAUCGAUUCAAGGUCAUUGCCAGAUUUGGCUUAAUGCACGUCGUGGCUACUAAUAUUUGUGUUUGGAUACGCACUUUAGUGUUGGAGUCUUUAAAAGAAAUUACCGACUAUCAUGUGAAGAAUCCUCAAGGCGUUCCUGGGGAAGGAGUUUUAGGAAAAGUUAUCCGGAAGCAUACUUUAAGACACUCAGGGAAAGUUUUUGGGGCAGUGACUACCGCUACAACAACGAUAGCUUCAACAGUAGCGACAGUUGCUAAAACAACAGGAGGACAAAUAAUGAAUGCAAUCACUUCUACUUCCACCCCAGCUACAACGACUACAACGACAACUACCUCACGUUAUAUUAACGGUGGCGGUUUUAUUCCUAAAUCCAAAAUCAUAGAAUCCAUAAAAAGCACCGUAGGUUACGAUAGUGGUAUGUCUUACGGACGGGAUUUCAAGGACGUUUGGCCAAAUGAUAAUCCAUUUACAACAUCCACUGUACAACCUAUAACGGAAAUCGAUAAAGUGACCCAAACCCAAACAGCUAUGUUGGAAGUAUUCCAAUGGCUGUAUUCCUCAACCGUGAAACCGGUUAUAAGUACUAUGUCUGCUCUGGCUUCAACUAAUUCUGGAAAUAUCUAUGAUAAAGACGAAUGGGGGAAUAGUAUCGAAACCUACCGCGUUGAUGAACCACCUCAUUCUCCAGCUAAUAACUCAACGGAAAUCUUCGAAUCGUUCGAUAAUUUGAAUCCAGCUGCCCUUAUCGCUAAUAUCGAUAACACUACGGUUUGUGGAAGAAAUCCUAUUAUGGGAACAAUUGUUACCGACUCGGCCCCAUACUUGUAUCCUUUCAUUAUUGAAUACUCUUUGAUCGGAGCUGCAGUGAUAUAUGUUAUGUGGAAACAUAUUGGACGUCAUCCCAGCGUGGCCAACGAUGAAGAUCUGGAAAGACGUUUGGAGGCUGUUCUCUCCCGCAGGGCGGCAGCACUGGCGGCGGCGCAGCGCGGCAACCGCGUGGACUGCGCAGGCGCAUCCAAAGGACUCUUCUGCGGACUCCUCCUUCUAGUUGCGUCUCUCAUCUGUUUGAUCCUAUUUUUCGUCCUCAUAAGACACCAGGAACUGAAACGGCUCUCGAUUUAUUUGGCUGAUGUAUCUCAUUGCGCGCUCAUGGUGCUGUCUAUCUUUGCUAUACUGAUCGGAUUUAUACGUAGUAAAAAAUUAAAAUGGACCUCAAAUCCCUCUCCCUGUACCGAGCCUCUUCGCAGGGUGCAAUCUUUGAAGUUCCGUUCAGAAGAGCAAUCUGAUUUGAACGAUAUUUUGCUACGUGUAUCUGCAUUUGGACUCUUCGUGUAUGCGGUAUUCAGCGUGAUUGCCGGCGGAAUGGGUGCUUUUACUCACGAACCAAAUCUCUUGGUCAUGAUAACUGGAUGUUUGAGCGUGCUUCAGGUGGUAUUACAGUUGUUGUUCAUAGCGGAUGUCUCCCGUCGCCGUGUUCAUCUCCCUGAACAAGAGCGCAGUAAGCCCGCGCGUCAAGCCGUUACCUUCUUACUCAUUUGCAACGUGACCAUGUGGCUCAUCUACACCUUCGAAGCUCAGAAAGUUCUUGCUAAUCCGGUUCAACUAGAUUUCUACGGUUUCGUCGCCUGGUCCCUCGUUCAGCGUUUCACUCUACCGCUUUGUAUUUUCCAUCGAUUCCACUCAGCGGUAACCCUCGCUGAGAUAUGGAAAACCAGUUACAAAGCUCGUCUUGAAUAA